AUGAAAGAAUUCGUCCUGGCUUCUAGAACUACUCGAUUUUGCCUCAUGAAGUCAUGGAACUAUGUGGAUAAUAAUGGGCGCAGCGUUGACUUUCCAAUAUUUAUCACAUGGUUUAAUGCUGCUCGGGAGAUCAAGUAUCUAUGGUCAGGCGCUCCUGAUCCUGCCACUGCCUGUUUCCUGCUCUUCAAAGCCGGAAACAAGAAACUCGAAGAUGAGCCUCGCUCUGGUCGACCGACUGCAAUAUCGUUCGACGAACAGAAGAAUUUGGCGGAGCAGCAUCCAUAUGAAAGUGUGCGGUAUUUUCUGCCAGUCUUGGCUGUUCGCUGUCCACCGUGA